AUGGCGACUGAAGAACGGUUAGUGACGGAAGUGCCUAGCAGUCUGAAGCAGUUGGCACGUCUCGUUGUGAGGGGAUUUUAUACAAUAGAAGAUGCCCUUAUAGUCGACAUGCUCGUCAGAAAUCCAUGUAUGAAAGAAGAUGACAUAUGCGAACUAUUAAAGUUUGAGCGAAAGAUGUUAAGAGCUCGAAUCGCCACAUUGAAAAAUGACAAAUUUAUCCAAGUACGAUUAAAAAUGGAAACAGGUCCUGAUGGCAAGGCACAGAAAGUUAAUUACUACUUCAUUAAUUACAAGACAUUUGUGAACGUAGUUAAAUACAAAUUAGAUUUAAUGCGCAAACGCAUGGAAACAGAAGAACGCGACGCUACAAGUCGUGCUAGUUUUAAAUGUCCCUCUUGUGGGAAAACUUUUACAGAUCUCGAAGCGGAUCAGCUAUAUGACAUGAUGACUCAAGAGUUCCGCUGUACAUUUUGUAACCAAGUCGUCGAAGAAGACCAAUCGGCACUCCCAAAGAAAGACUCGAGACUUCUAUUAGCCAAGUUCAACGAACAACUAGAAACGCUAUAUAUAUUACUUCGAGAAGUGGAAGGUAUCAAAUUGGCACCAGAGAUAUUAGAACCGGAACCUGUGGAUAUCAAUACUAUUCGAGGAUUGAACUCAAAACAGCUAGCCCUACGUCCGUCAGGCGAGCAAUGGUCGGGUGAAGCAACUCGCAACCAAGGCAUGCUGGUUGAGGAAACCAGGGUCGAUGUUACCAUUGGUGAGUCGGAUAAUGCCAACGAUGCAAGCGCGCAGAGAAAGGAACGACCGGUAUGGAUGGUGGAGAGCACUAUCGUUACCAACGAUCAAAGCGAUAGUGUUCAUUCAACGGACGUGGCAUUGGAGAAAGCGGCCAGUAACGCUAGUACCGCGAAGAAUGUUGGCAAAGAGAAGAACGAUGACAUCAUGUCUGUUCUACUUGCUCACGAGAAACAAAACACAGGCAAUGCUGCAUCAAACGCGCUGAAAGGAAUCGAGCCUGAGAGUUCAGAUUCCAGUGACAAUGAGUCCAAAGAUCCGUUCAAACUCAAAGAUGAACUGGCUACAGUCGCCGAGAUGGAAAGUGAAGAUUCAGACAGUGAUGACAACGCGCCCACGGUACUGGUCAACGGCAAAACUGUUCCACUAACAAGCGUUGACGAUGAUGUCAUCGCACAAAUGACGCCCUCAGAGAAAGAAACUUACAUACAAGUAUACCAGGAAUAUUACAGCCACAUGUACGAUUAG